UUCCCAUCGCCGUCGAACUGCUCUGUGCUCUCAGAUUCUUCUUCCUCUCUCAGGUGACAAAUUCUCCCAAGAUCGAUUUUUCAAGCUAAGAAUCAUGCAGAACGAAGAAGGUGUCGUCACCGAGCUAUACAUUCCCAGGAAAUGCUCGGCGACAAACAGAUUGAUCACCUCAAAGGAUCAUGCAUCUGUUCAGCUUAACAUCGGUCAUCUUGAUGCCGAUGGUAUCUACACUGGCCAGUUCACCACUCUCGCUCUCUGCGGAUUUGUCCGUGCUCAGGGAGACGCAGACAGUGGUGUCGACAGGCUCUGGCAGAAGAAGAAGGUCGAAACCAAACAACAGUGAUAAGAAAUUGAGAAUCUAUACUGCUCUGUCACUUGUUAUUUUCGGGAUAUGUUUCAUUUGAAUUCUCUUUAGUUGCGAACUCGUAUCUUUUGUUUUCUGGUUUAUGAGAAGAUAAUUGCCAAGUUUUUGGUGCCAAUGGAAUCAUAUCCUAUAUUUUAGUUAGAUUCUCAGCUACAUUUCAUUUUAUUGCCAUGAAGAGAAUUU